AAUUGCCCUGCACCAACCAAAGAAGAGACGCCUGAAUUGAUUUAUAAAGAAGUCUCACAUAUUCCCGAUUUAAAUUCUACCUCCAACUGGGGAUAACUGCCCAAUCAACGCAACUACAAAAUGCUGAUUGACACAAGACAACUUUGACAUCACACAUGUCUACCUCAACCAUCAGCACCAAUAAUUACAGGAAUCAGCAGACUCCUUCAUUAAUGAGAGCCUUCCGGCACAGUCUGGAGGCAAGGCCCAGAGCGGAAUGGAGACAAGGCCCAGAGCGGAAUGGAGGCAAGGCCCAUAGUGGGAUGGAGGCAAGUCACAGAGCAAAAUGAAGUCAAGUCCCAGAGCAGAAUGGAAUCAAGGCCCAGAGUGGAAUGUAGGCAAGGGCCCAGAGCAAAAUGAAGUCAAGUCCCAGAGCGGAAUGGAGGAACGUCCCAGAGCAGAAUGGAAUCUAGUCCCAGAGCAGAAUGGAGGCAAGUCCCAGAGCAGAAUGGAGGCAAGUCCCAGAGUGGAAUGGAGGCAAGGCCCAGAGUGGAAUGGAGGCAAGUUCCAGAGCAAAAUGGAGGCAAAACACAGAGCAGAAUGGAGGCAAGUCCCAGAGCGGAAUGGAGGCAGGUCCCAGAGCAGAAUGGAGGAACGUCCCAGAGCGGAAUGGAGGCAAGUCCGAGAGCGGAAUGGAGACAAGUCCCAGAGCGGAAUGGAGGCAAGGCCCAGAGCGGAAUGGAGGCAAGUCCCAGAGCGGAAUGGAGGCAAAACCUAGAGCAGAAUGGAGGCAAGUCCCAGAGUGGAAUGGAGGCAAAGCCCAGAGCAGAAUGGAGACAAGUCCCAGAGCAGAAUGGAGGCAAGUCCCAGAGCGGAAUGGAGGCAGGUCCCAGAGCAGAAUGGAGGAACGUCCGAGAGCGGGAUGGAGACAAGUCCGAGAGCAGAAUGGAGACAAGUCCCAGAGCGGAAUGGAGGCAAGGCCCAGAGCGGAAUGGAGGCAAGGCCCAGAGCGGAAUGGAGGCAAGUCCCAGAGCAGAAUGGAGGCAAGUCCCAGAGCAGAAUGGAGGCAAGACCCAGAGCAGAAUGGAGGCAAGGCCCAGAGUAGAAUGGAGGCAAGGCCCAGAGUGGAAUGGAGGCAGGUCCCAGAGCAGAAUGGAGGCAAGUUCCAGAGCAGAAUGGAGGCAAGUCCCAGAGCAAAAUGAAGUCAAGUCCCAGAGCGGAAUGGAAUCAAGUCCCAGAGUGGAAUGGAAUCAAGUCCCAGAGUGGAAUGGAGGCAAGUCCCAGAGUGGAAUGGAGGCAAGUUCCAGAGCAGAAUGGAGGCAAGUUCCAGAGCAGAAUGGAGGCAAGUCCCAGAGCAAAAUGAAGUCAAGUCCCAGAGCGGAAUGGAAUCAAGUCCCAGAGUGGAAUGGAGGCAAGUCCCAGAGCGGAAUGGAAUCAAGUCCCAGAGCGGAAUGGAGGCAAGUCCCAGAGCGGAAUGGAGGCAAGUUCCAGAGUGGAAUGGAGGCAAGGCCCAGAGCAGAAUGGAGGCAAAACACAGAGCAGAAUGGAGGCAAGUCCCAGAGCGGAAUGGAGACAAGUCCCAGAGCGGAAUGGAGACAAGUCCCAGAGUGGAAUGGAGGCAAGUCCCAGAGCAGGAUGGAGGCAGGUCCCAGAGCAGAAUGGAGGCAAGGCCCAGAGUGGAGUGGAAUCAAGUCCCAGAGCAGAAUGGAGGCAAGGCCCAGAGUGGAAUGGAGGCAGGUCCCAGAGCAGAAUGGAGACAAGUCCCAGAGCAGAAUGGAGGCAGGUCCCAGAGCAGAAUGGAGGCAGGUCCCAGAGCAGAAUGGAGGCAAGUUCCAGAGCAGAAUGGAGACAAGUCCCAGAGUGGAAUGGAGGCAGGUCCCAGAGCAGAUUGGAGACAAAUCCCAGAGCAAAAUGAAGUCAAGGCCCAGAGCGGAAUGGAGGCAAGACCCAGAGCAGAAUGGAGGCAAGUCCCAGAGCAGAAUGGAGGCAAGUCCCAAGUUGAAUGGAGUCAAGAAUCAGAGCAGAAUGAAGGCAAGGCCCAGAGUGAAAUGGAGACGAUAUGCCAGCAUACACUGUAUGAGGCAGUACUACAGUCAAUGUUCAUGUGUAAGUCAAGGGUGACUUGGAGUUGGGAUACCAGCCUCUGUAGCGUUAUUUCAAGCAGGUUCGAACUUCCCCUCAGUUUUGGCGAGCUUCUUAUUGGGCAGACCAGACAUCUUUGGGCCUUGCCUGUCUCUGGACCCGGACUGAGACUAGAAUGAAGAAUAUCCCAGUUAUACACUCUUUGUCUGGACUGCUAAGUUGUCUUUAGAUUGCUAAACAAUUAAAAUGAUUACUCUGACCACGAUUCCAUUUUGAAUGAGCUUAUCCUUCCACGCCCCUUGAACUGGCCAAUCGAUGUGAAUCAUU